AUGGCCGGCAUCGCAAUGAACCGGCUCUGCGAGGAGCGCAAGGCCUGGCGGAAGGACCACCCAUUCGGCUUCAUCGCAAAACCCGUCAAGAACCCGGACGGCUCCCUCAACCUCUACCAGUGGGAAUGCGCCAUCCCCGGAAAGAAAGGAUCAAUUUGGGAGAAUGGACUUUAUAAGUUGAGGAUGACAUUCAAGGACGACUACCCUUCCACACCACCGAAGUGCAAAUUCGAGCCGCCGCUCUUCCACCCAAACGUCUACCCGUCCGGCACCGUUUGCCUCUCAUUACUCGACGAAAACAAGGACUGGAAGCCUUCGAUCACAAUCAAGCAGCUGCUGGUCGGCAUCCAGGACCUGCUCACAAACCCGAACCCCGAUGACCCGGCACAGGCCGAGGCCUACCAGAUCUACUGCCAGAACCGGGUGGAAUACGAGAAGCGCGUGCGCCGUGAAGCCCAACGUUACAACGCCGAGGUCGUCCAGCGGCAGAUGCUCGGCGCC